GAAUCAGUCUCUCCGGCCGCUGGUCUGUUGAGGGCUCUACCGUUUCCCCGCCAUCAACUUCAGUUGCCUGCUUCUCUCCAGUUUCCAGCAUGCCCGGUCCGACGCCCAGUGGCACCAACGUGGGCUCCUCAGGACGCUCUCCCAGCAAAGCAGUGGCCGCCCGGGCGGCAGGAUCCACGGUCCGGCAGAGGAAAAAUGCCAGCUGUGGAACAAGGAGCGCAGGUCGCACAACCUCAGCAGGCACUGGGGGGAUGUGGCGAUUCUACACAGAAGAUUCACCAGGGCUCAAAGUUGGCCCUGUUCCAGUAUUGGUUAUGAGUCUUCUGUUCAUCGCUUCUGUAUUUAUGUUGCACAUUUGGGGCAAGUACACUCGUUCAUAGAUUCGGCUACAUCCAUCUGUCUGUCAUCUGAAGAAGGAAGGAAAAAAACCCAACAUAUCUUGGACCAAAAACAUAGUGAUUUUCUGUUUAUGAGAAAAAUUUUCUGUAAGCUUCCUGUUUUACAGGGAACUUAAUAAGAACCGAUUUUAAGGAAUCAGUUUUUUUCUAUGGCUAAUAAACUUUUUAAUUCAUUUA